AUGGGCCCCGCAAAGGAGACCUCGCAUUUCAAGAAGAUCCAGAGUUUCAAAGCCGACUAUACUCCAGCCCAAUUUACUCAGUAUGAGUCCCAGCGAACGGGAAUGCGAGUGGUAGUGGUUGACAGGAAAGGGCCGAAGGUAUAUGGGUAUUUCGCUGUAGCUACUGAAAUCCAUGAUGACUCUGGAUCACCCCAUACGCUAGAGCACCUAUGCUUCAUGGGCUCACGGAGAUAUCCUUACAAAGGUGUGCUCGAUAAGGUUGCCACUCGAGCUUACUCAGAUACCAACGCAUGGACCGACACUGCAGAAACUGUCUACUCCUUGCACACCGCUGGUUGGGAAGGUUUCGCGCAAAUCUUGCCGAUCUAUCUUGACCAUGUAGUUGUACCGACACUGACCGAUGCUGGGUGCUACACAGAAGUUCAUCACAUUGACGGAAACGGUUAUGAUGCUGGUGUUGUCUACUCGGAAAUGCAAGGCCGCCAGAAUCUGCAGGGCGACCUCAUGGAUCUCCAGAUGCGCCGCCUUCUCUACCCGGAGGGUGACGGGUUUCGUUAUGAGACAGGAGGUAUGAUGGAAGCUCUGCGAGUCCUCACCGCAGAGCGCAUCCGAGAGUUCCAUCGUGAGAUGUAUCAGCCCAAGAAUAUUCGCCUUGUCUUGAUUGGCGAAGUUGAUCAUUCCAAUCUUCUCCACGUUCUUGACGAGUUCGAGGAUGGAAUCGUCGACCGAGUUCCUAAAUUUGAAGCACCGUUCAAGCGGCCCUGGGUUGAAUCGACGCGUACCCCACCUCUAAGCAAAACUGUCGUCGACACCGUCGAAUUUCCUGAAGAGGAUGAGUCAACGGGCGAGAUCCAGAUUUGCUUCCUUGGGCCAGAAUCAAAAGAUGACAAGUUGGAGACUGCGUUGAAUACGCUCCUUAUGUACCUUGCCGGUUCAUCCGUCUCUGUUCUCGUCAACACCUUGGUGGAGAAGGAGCACCUCACAAGUGCUGUAUAUUUCUGGAUAAAGAACCAUUAUGAUAUGAUCAUAUGGUUCACUCUAACAGCUGUUGAAACGCAAAAGCUUGAGCAGGUGGAAAAGCGCUUCUUUGAAGUCCUUCAGGGCCAUGCAUCGAAACCGCUAGACAUGGCCUACCUGAAGGAUUGUCUUCACCGAUUCAAGCGUCAAGUGCGAUUCGCCGCCGAGGUUUCCAAUGACGAUUACAAGGACCCGAUCAUCAAAGACCACCUCUUCGGUGAUCGCAAUGGGUCCGAUCUGCAUGAGGCUUUAGCAUCCUUGAGCGUCUUCGAUGAAUUGGAGAAAUGGGACGAAGAAGAGUGGCGAGGUUUUUUGAAGAAGUGGAUAUCUGGUGCCCAUCAUGUUUCAAUUCUUGGAAAGCCCUCUAUCGCACUCUCGGAGAAACAGAAAGCCGAUGAAGUCGCUCGUGUCAAAGCCCAACAGGAGCGUCUCGGAGAAGAAGGUCUCAAGAAGCUAGCGGAAAAGCUUGAACAGGCGAAGGCCGAGAACGACAAGCCCAUCCCAGGAGAUAUCAUUGAGAAGCUGAAAGUUCCAGGGACAGAGUCGAUACACUUCUUCGACACUGUGACAGCGCGUUCAGGCCUGGCAAAGAAGAUGGGAAACCUCGACAACAAGAUCCAGAAAAUCAUCGACAAGGACGAGAACGGCUUGCCUCUUUUCAUCCACUUGGAACAUAUUCCAACAUCGUUCGUGCAUUUCGGACUCGCAUUAGGUACAUCUUCCGUCCCCAUCGAACUUAAACCCCUCCUUGGCGUGUAUCUCACCAACUUCUUCGCCACGCCCAUCAUGAAAGACGGGAAACGCAUUGAAUUCGAGCAAGUCAUUACAAUCCUCGAGCAAGAUACCAUCGAAUAUAGUCUGGACCGAGGCACUGACAUAGGAAACUCGGAGAUGGUGUACAUCCACUUCGUCAUUGAAGCUGAGAAAUUCGAGACUGCCGUAAAAUGGCUUGCCACGCUUCUCGUGCACUCAGUCUUCGAUACUGAGCGUCUGAUUGCGGCAGUGAAGAAGAUGUUGGCUGAUGUACCAGACGAGAAGCGCGACGGGAAUAGUAUGGCAUUCGCGGUAGAUCGUAUGAUUCAUUAUGAGCAAGGCAGCUCUGUGCGGGCCACAAACACACUUGUUAAAGCAGUGUAUUUGAAGAAGCUCCUCAAGCUGCUGAAGACGAAUCCCGAAGAAGUCAUUAAGAUGCUAGAGUCGCUGCGCAAUCACCUCGUCACCUUCCAAAACCUCCGGGUCCUCGCAAUCGCUGACUUCGAAUCACUGCCAAACCCGGUAUCCACAUUCUCGCAUCUCACGGAUGCCAUCAAGCCUGGCCCAAAUCCAACGAUUAAUCCUAUCGACGAUCGAAAAUCGUAUCUUUCAGCGGCAGGCAAAAAUCCAGGAAAUACUGCCUACAUCGUCCCUCUGACUACAGAUUCCUCCUUCGGUGUCUUAACCUCCAAAGGCCCCUCCUCCUACACCUCCCCCCAACUCCCGGCACUCAUGGUCGGCCUUGCAUAUCUCGACGCGGUCGAGGGCCCGAUGUGGCAAUCCGUCCGUGGAACCGGUCUCGCAUACGGCACGAAUUUUUUCCGUGAUAUCGAAACCGGACUUCUGAAAUUCCGCAUCUACAAAUCUCCGAACGCAUUCUCGGCCUACGCAAAAGCGAGAGAUGUAGUUAAAGAAUACAUAGAUGGGACAAGGCAAUUCGAGAAGUUGGCACUGGAGGGUGCGAUUUCGAGUAUUGUGAGGGAGUUUGUAGAUGAUAAAGCUACGAUUGUGGAUGCGGCGAGGGGUGGGUUUAUUGACCUUGUUGUGAAGGGUGUAGGUAAAGAGUGGGCCGAUUGGAUGCUGAAAGAGGUGAGGAAGGUUGGUGUUGAGGAGGUUAAGGCUAUCUUGAAAGAUGUAGUGUUGGCUGUGUUUGAACCUGAAAAAGCGGAUUUGGUGGUUACGUGUGGUACAGUUAUGGUUGAGGGCUUAACGAAGAACUUCGAAGAAGCAGGCUUCAAGAUCCAGGUCAAGCAACUCGUCGAUUUCCAAGAUGGAUAUGGACUUGAGGGUGAAGAAGAUGAUGAGGUGGACGCUGAAGAUGAUGGCGGUGAUGAAGAGGGGAGUGAAGAUGAUAGCGAGGUGAUGGGAUAG